UUGUUCAGAGGAUUUUGCGAUUCAAAUCAAGAUGGUUUUAUCAAAUAAGCCUAUUUGCAAAAAAAGAAUUGUCUGUAAAAGUAAUCGCAUCCUUAGGUAUUGUAGACAUUACGUAAUUGGAUGAGAGAUGUCGUUCUUUAGCAGAAGAAAAGAUAAAAAGACCAACCAACAGAAGUCUGAAGAUACUGUUAAGAGAACACCUUCCCAAAGAAGUACUCAGAGUCUUGGAAAAGUAGAGUUAGUGAAUGGAGAUGAAUCAGGAAGAUCAUUGGAUUGGAGAAAUCAGAGACCAGUUCAGCUCCGUCUCGAUGAUGAACCCUGUGAUCCAGGAGAUCUGGGUGCAGUAUGUAAAGGGGGUUCAUCCCCGCUUAGAUUGUCUAAGCUGUCAAAGACCAUAGAGGAAAUUCUCAAAGACAAGGAUGCCUUGUCUUGUUUUAUUGAGUUCAUGGAAUCACGAAAGAUGGGACAGUACAUCAGGUUUUGGUUGGAUGCAGAAAGUUUCCAGGCCUCCACCUGGAGCAGAUUAAGAAGUCAUUCCUUAAACUCAACUAAGAGGUCAACACUACCUGCCAAACUUUAUCAACCGUCUUCCAAUCCAUCAUUCAGUACACAGCAGGAUGCUGAGGACAAACUGGACACUGGAAGUGUAAGUUCCAAUCACACACUGACGGAGGAAGGUACAUGCAGUACCACAGUCGGCGAAAAUCAAACCCAAAUUUUAACCGAUACAGGACAAAUGAGUUCUGAACCCAAUACAUCAGACACAUCCAAGCCAGAAACUGUGAUACAACCCAAACCUUCAAGUCUCCCAGCCACACCACUAGAUCCCAGAGUUAACUACCUGCCUGGAUCGUCCAACCAAGAGUGUGAUAAUAGAGACAGCAUUGAGGCGAGACUGAGUGAUACAGUGUUAUCUAGUGCAAUCAAGAGAACUGAAAGUCUGAAAAUGACAAACUUGUCUCAGGAGGAGCUUGCUGAUAAACUCAAGAAAAGUAUUGCAAGAGAUGCUGUAAGCAUUUUCCAGAAUUACUUAUCUCAUGAUGCCCCUAGUCCUGUGCAGAUUACUGAUGAUCUCAGAAACCAGUGUAUGGCCAAAAUUUGCAGAGAAGAUGGUGAAGUAGAUCCGGGUUGUUUUGCUGACUGUCAGGAAUUUGUUUUAAAUGUGAUGAAAAUAAAGCAUGUUCCUGAUUUCUCCACAAGUGAGUUCCUCUACAAACACCAGAUCAAUCUUCUGACCAAAGGGCACAUCACUCUGUCUGAUGUCUUGUACAAUGAAGGUGCAAUGUUCUACUUUAUGGAGUAUAUGGAACAAGAGGGCGGAUCUAAACUCCUCCAGUUCUGGUUGGCGGUGGACAAUUUCCAGCAACACCUCUUGUCGUAUGAUGACAACUAUGAUGGCAUGGAAGCCCAAAGUGAUGCAAUGGUCCUCUAUGACAAGUAUUUCUCUCUCCAAGCCUCUGACCCCCUGGGAUUUGACGAUAAGACUCGUUUUGAAGUAGAAGGAAACAUUUGUCGAGAGGAGGGACCUCUCCCAGAUUGUUUUGCCAAAACCCAGCACAUUGUUUACCGUACAAUGGAAAAAACCUAUUUUCCAAGUUUUUUACAAAGUGAGAUUUACUACAAAUACCUGUCAGAACUAGUCAGCACAGUAACUAUAGCAACAGAUUUACCAAAGCAAACCAAACACAAAAGACAAGACAGCGAUGCCUCAUCUGUACACAGCGGCCACAGUGUAGGAAGUGAGAGCAUCAAGAACACACUUCUUGCCAUGGACACCAGCCAUAUGCGCAGACCGGUCACUAACAUCAAGGAGAGCGACAUGAACCUUGACCCUUGUCUCCUUAAUCCUGAUCUCCUCUGGAAACGAUCCAAUUCUGGGAUGUCUUUGGGUAAAGUGGACGAGCUGGGUAGAUUUGUAUCAGAGUUAGAUCCUCAGCCAGAACUAGAGAAAACCAAAAAUAGCUCUGGGUUUUUCAAGAAAAGCAAAGGCAAAGAUAAGGAGCAGGAAGACAUGGCUCUACAGAUUGCGCAGAUGAUCAUCAGUGAUGUCACCUCCGUCACUCGGACUAUUGGUGCUAUGCAAACCUUUGAUCCACCCCCAGAUUCUUGAUACCCAGCAGUCUUCACGAACUGUGCAAUAUUUGUUUCUCAUCAGUCAGUCAUUAAUUGAGGUUUUAUGUAAAUGUUUUUAUUUUACUUUGUAAAUAAUCAUUUUAUGUUUUUAAAGAACGAGAUUUGUAUCUCAAACACAACAAAAUUUCUCUUGACUGUUUUAUUUUCUUGAUAAUAUCGUGGCAGUUUUGUUAAACUAAUCACAAUAUAUAAGAAACUAUCACUGUAACCAGAAUUACUUUCCUUUUUCAAAUUUCGGAAUUUAAUGUGAAGAUUGUCCUGUAGAUAUAUAUUUAUAUGAUCACCAACCAUUUUGCAAUUUGAGUAAGUUUGAGUGGAAUGCGGUUUUUUUUAAUUCAGAAGGUGCCAAACCACGCAGAUGUAUUUUUCUAUGUGAUUGAUCUUGCUAUUGGUCAAUAUCAAUUUAUGUAAAGCCUAAAGGAGGGCUUUUGAAUAGAAAAUAUAUUUAUUAUGAUUUUAAGUAUCAGGCUGUGUGGUCCUGUUAUCAUUGUUAUGUACUGCUGUUACAAUAACAAGUCAAUAUUUUGUAAAUUGAAAUGUUAUAAUAAAGUUAUUAAACAUAAA